AUGUACGCAACGCACAUCCAUACCCCGCAAGUGGACCCACUAGAGCGCGGCCCACCUAAACGUGUACUGCGUGAGGAGCAGCAUAUUGGGGAACGGGUGGCGGCGUCCAAGAAGCGUGUAGCAUGGCGCUUUACGCUUGGCGAGUCGGACCGUACGCACGAGGUGGCUUUAAUUCAUUCCGUGAUGAGCUACAAAAAGGUUGUGUUGUACGAUGGCCGGCAAAUGCACUUUUCUUCAACGGCAACUCUAGGUGACUGGAACUUCACUAUGAUCUUGGAUGGACUUAACAUGAUCAUGGAAGUCCGCAUCAACGACGUUGAGUCGGCUGAAGUUCCGAAAUAUGACUUCGCCAUUGACCGAGUCCCAUACCGUCGUUGGGAUGUCUACCGCCGCAAAAAGCACGCCAUCACCACGGCGACGUAUGCUCAGCCAAAUGCGCCUCCUGGAAAUACCUACGGAAUGCACCGCUGGGGACCAAGUGGAGCUUUACCGCCUUCGCAGAAUGAAAGCAAUCGGGAAUUAUAUUCUGGUGGCUCUUGUGGCUCUGUCACAGACAGUUCUCAAAAAACAAGUCGAACGCACAGUUUUGGUCGACAGAGUGCUCAGUCACAAUCGUCAUGGGGCAAUAGAUCUAGUGAACGGACUCGCAGCUUUCCAGAACAUCAAAACGGUCAACAAAGUUCGGCUGACUUUCAUCAACAGAGCUCACUAAUACAGGAGCAAACAAGGGCUACAAAUUCUCACGGAAAGUCAAUACCACCUUUAAAAGCACCGACUGCAGUGACGCAGUCCAAAAUAAACCUGCUUGACGACUUUGAUUCGAGUGUGAGUUUAUCGGCGCAGGCAUUGAUCUUCGAUCCUUUGGUCAGUGUACCGUCUAAAGAAAAUCUAACAACGAGAGGCUUGCCGUCAGCCCAACAACAGCAAGUGCCUCCAGUUGCCGCAAAUGUCGAUCCGUUUGCCUCUGUUGCAGCGCCAAUUUCGACAAAACCUGCCGAAAUGAUCAAUCUAGAUCCUUUUACAACUCAGCACGCUGUUAAUUCUCAUGUUCAGCAUCGUCACCAGGAGCGGUUUUAUCAAAUACCGGCCGGCUUUAUGCACCAAAGCACUGUAAAGCAGCCGCUAUCCAUGCCGGUCGUUACGCAAGUUACAAUACAACAAAUGCAGCAUCAAGGAAAGCGAGAUUUUAUGACCGUUCAGCAAUCGCAUGAUGCAUCUGGUCGCAUGAAUAACGUCAAUUACAGUAUUUCCCAGCUUAUGAAUCCAGAGAACCUUCAAGCUGGUCAACAACAUCAACACAGCAAGUCUAACUCUAUAAAUAUUGAUGCAUUUGCUAGCCUUGGACAAUAG